AGUACCAAGAACACUGCCACACAGUAUCUUACCAAACUGCCAUCCAAGUCCAACUUUGCCAUUUGCAGUAAUGGGGGAGAAGGUUCUAGAGAGCUUGAAACAAGAUUGGACGUUCAUGGCAAUUCAGCAACAACAUCAAGAGUUGGCGAAAGUAAUCGAGGAGUAUCAAGCCCAGGACCUCCAUGGGCUCUUCCCCUGGAUGCUGGAGCAGGUGUGUGGGAGUCUGGAUGGUUCCACUGUUGGCUGGGAUCUCCUGCGGUGUCACAAAGGGGAUGCUAUGAGGAAGCUCUUGCAACCAAGUGGCCCACUGAUGAGACUCACGCUCGGCCUGCAAGACUACUCCUAUGAAGUUCCCUUGGUCUCCUUACCGAGUCCUGUGAGGGAAUCGUUAUCUCAGGCUGAUCUUGCACUCAGUCCCAUGUUCCAGGACAAGCUGCAAACCCAAAACCAGGCCUUAUCUCUCAAUAGUUUUGAAAUCCACAUGCUGUAUUUGGCAUCCACUCUCGUUGCACAAAAAUUGUCCCCAGGAAAGCAGUUGAAUGUGGCUAAAAGCGUGUAUUUCCUCUUGAUGGAGGACUAUCUGACUCACUUCCUGCCUCUGUGGGGCAGUAUGCCAAUAUAUCCCAAUGAGGAUGCCACAGUGGGGGAUUUAACAUUGGGAAGGUCGUGGUUGAACAACCAGUCCACAGGUAUGUUUUCCUUGAGAACCAGGAACCUAAUAAGAAGUCAGGCCUCCAAAAAAGCAGAACAAGCCUGCCAAGACAACUGGGCAUCGUGGACAAUGUUACAGAUCUUUGUGGAGAUCUGGAUGGCAGACUUCAACACGCAGGGAGAGCGUCCUGGUGAUGUGACAAAACAGCAGGUGCUACUUCCCAGCGAGGCCCACAUGUUGGCACUCAGGCAGCUGCUGAAACACCUCCAUGCUUUUUCUGGACGAUCGAUGCAAAACCCUGACAUGGGCGAGGUUGGGUUAAUCUCCGGCCAGGUUCUCCACUUGAUCCAGAGUAAAGUGUUCUCUCUUCUCCAGCACUGUUUCACGCACUGGCCACUGGAUCCGUCCUUCAGAGUCGCACUGGAGACAUGGUUGAGCUACAUUCAACCGUGGAGAUACGCUGAGCACAAAAAGCAAGUCUGCAGAGAGCCAACAGGAGGCGCUGAUGAGCACUGGUCUCAUUUUGUGCAAGAGAACCUCCAGGUGUACUCUGCUAUCUUCCGGAUGUUUCUGCGGAGGGCGUCCUGUGCAGACCUCACCGAGUCUUCCCACGCCCUUAUGCUGUUCAGAGUGACCAAAGUGUUUGCCCAGCCCUGGCUGCCUCGACUGAUUCACACCGGAGAACAGCAACAAAUGAAUCAACACCUCCUCUCUCCUGCUGUGCAGAAUCCAAAGAAUUUCCAGACGUCAGUGAGGACAAACAUGCGUCGCCAUGGAGAGCUACAAGGUUCUCACUGCGUAUCUAUGUUUGAUUCAGAGACACACUCACAGGUGCUGCAGCUGCUGCAGAAGAUUUUGCAGGCACGGUGUUCUGUCAACCAGGCCUCCCUCGCUACCCAGCCAAGAAUAUGGCCAUUUUGUCCUGCAUGGUUCUCCUUCCCAUCACAAGGGACACCAGUGUCAAGAAAUGAGGGAGAUGAAGUGCACACAUCUAUCCUGAAUACAACAGAGCUUCUGGACAGAGCCAAACUUCUCCUCUGUCAGAUCUUUAAGUUGAGUGCCGAGAUGAUGGUGAGUUUUGGAGCCGUGGAGGAAGAGGAGGAGCUUCCUGACUGUGUUGAGGGAGAGAACGGACUCGUUCUAACUGACCUGGGACGGAUGCAAAUUAUUAACGAAGUGCGCAGGGUCAGGGUGCAGUAUGGAGGAGACCCUGACCUUCAGCCUGUCAGAAGCUAUGAGAGCACUCUUCUGGUGAAGCUUAUGGCCUGGAUUACCUCACAUAUCAACAAACAGUUUGGGAGCCAGAUGGUGGUCCUGUGUUCACGGCAAGACCUGGUGGGUAGCAUUUGUCGACACCUGUUACUCUGCCCGCUUGACGAAAGCGAAAGGAUCCAGAAGAGCCUAGUGGCGGUGAGGCCGCGUCAAGUGCAGCGACAGCAUCAGCAGGUGCCACGCGUCAGCCUGCGUGUGUUGGCCAGCUACCGCACGCUACUCUCCCUGCUGCUGGUGUACGUCCUGGGCUGUGCGCUCUGCUCGAACCCCCUGCUCCUCUGCGGCCUGGUGGUGAUGCUGCUGACUGUGCUGGAUCCCCUGAGUCCCAGAUUGUCCCGCUGGAGCAGGAAGUACAAACACGUGCUCCAGGUGGUGCCACGACUGACUACGGGUUUGAUACUGGUGCGUCAACCUCGCAAUCGUGUGGCAAGAGGAGAAUCAUUUCAAAUGAGGGAAGCAACAAUGAACAAAGAACAUUAUUUUGUUUUAGAUAAAUAAAAUAAUUCGCCGCUAGCGAAGCUAGUGAAGCGCUCAUA